CCGCAGCGGGACUCUGGUGGGGGAUCGGGGUCUGGUCACCAUGACGACGCCAGCGAAUGCCCAGAAUGCCAGCAAAACGUGGGAACUGAGUCUGUACGAGCUGCACCGGACACCGCAGCGCGGCCAGGGAGGCAGAAGAAACACUACAGCCUAUGUUCGAAAGGAAGCCAUCAUGGAUGGCACUGAGAUUGCCGUCUCCCCUCGGUCGCUGCACUCGGAGCUCAUGUGCCCCAUCUGCCUGGACAUGCUCAAGAACACAAUGACGACCAAGGAGUGCCUCCACCGAUUCUGCUCCGACUGCAUCGUCACGGCCCUGAGGAGCGGGAACAAGGAGUGUCCCACGUGUCGCAAGAAGCUGGUAUCCAAGCGGUCCCUGCGGCCAGACCCCAACUUCGAUGCCCUCAUUUCUAAGAUCUAUCCCAGCCGGGAGGAGUACGAGGCCCACCAAGACCGGGUGCUCAUCCGCCUGAGUCGUCUGCACAACCAGCAGGCGCUGAGCUCCAGCAUCGAGGAGGGCCUGCGCAUGCAGGCCAUGCACAGGGCCCAGCGCGUGCGGCGGCAGAUCCCGGGGUCGGAUCAGACCACCACGAUGAGUGGGGGUGAAGGAGAGCCUGGGGAAGGAGAAGGGGACGGAGAGGACGUGAGCUCAGACUCCGCUCCCGACUCCACCCCUGGCCCUGCUCCCAAGCGACCCCGCGGAGGGGGCGCAGGGGGGAGCAGUGUAGGCACCGGGGGAGGCUGCACCGGAGGGGUCGGUGGGGGUGCUGGGUCUGAGGACUCUGGCGACCGGGGAGGGACUCUGGGAGGCGGCACCCUGGGGCCCCCAAGCCCUCCUGGGGCCCCCAGUCCCCCCGAGCCAGGAGGAGAAAUCGAGCUCGUGUUCCGGCCCCACCCCCUGCUCGUGGAGAAGGGCGAAUACUGCCAGACUAGGUAUGUGAAGACCACCGGGAAUGCCACCGUGGACCAUCUCUCCAAGUACUUGGCCCUGCGCAUCGCCCUGGAGCGGAGGCAGCAGCAAGAGGCAGGGGAGCCAGGAGGACCUGGAGGGGGUGCCCCGGAUGCUGGAGGACCUGAUGGGGGCGGUGGGGAGGGUGGGGGUGCCGGAGGAACUGAUGGCCCCGAGGAGCCCACCUUGCCCAGCCUGGAGGGCGUCAGCGAGAAGCAGUACACCAUCUACAUCGCCCCUGGGGGCGGAGCUUUCACGACGCUGAACGGCUCACUGACCCUGGAGCUCGUGAAUGAGAAGUUCUGGAAGGUGUCCCGGCCACUGGAGCUUUGCUACGCCCCCACCAAGGACCCAAAGUGAUGCUGCAGAGGGGCAGCCAGAGGACGAGGACCACAGGGUGGCCCCCAGCCCUGGCCUACCACCCCAGCUUCUCUGUCCCCCAGUGACCCCAACCCGGCUGACCAGCAGAAGGACACAAAUGAGGACAAGUGGCUUUUAUACAAAGUAUCUAUAUCAGAUUCUUCUAUAUUGUACAGAAUGGGGCAUGCGCCCCAUCUACUGCCUUUUCUAUUGACCCCAGCUUGCCAUGUGAGCAAGAGCGCUCCCCUUUGCACCAUGGUCCCAAACUCUAAGACAACAAACUUGCUUUGUCUCCUCUUUGAAA